CUCUGCAAUCGAUUGCUAUCCCUUCCAGGAGAGAAAACAAAGAACAACUUGGUUGUCAGCUAGCGUAAAGAUUCAAACCAUAUAAAUAAUGGGCAAGAAGCAUAAAAAGCACAAGUCUGAAAAAUAUGAAGAGUACGGGGAGAGACCACUUAAAUUGGUUCUGAAGGUUGCUGGAAAUGAGGUGACGACUGGAAGCUCGAGCUUUGAAAACACAUUUGACGAACAUCCAGAUUUAGAGAAACACAAGGACAAGAAAAAGAAGAAGAAAAAGGAUAAGGAAAGGAACGAUACCAUGUCACCAGUUGAUGACAAGAAAAAGAAAAAGAUAAAGAAGAAGAAGGGACAGGACGCUGAUACAGACUUGGAUGAUAGGGAGGCGAGCAGGACCCCUAUCCGUUCAGAUCUGGCGUCCUCUUUGAAUAAAGUGGAAGAGAAAGAACUGACCCCACUGCAGGAAGCAUUGAGCCAGCUCAUCAGACAGCUCCAAAGGAAAGACCCAAGUGCGUUUUUCUCGUUCCCUGUGACUGACCUUAUCGCUCCUGGCUACUCCACGAUCAUCAAGCGGCCCAUGGACUUCGGCGCAAUGAAGGAGAAAGUCAAGAAUGAGUAUUACCAGUCACUAGAGGAGCUCAAGGUGGACUUCAGGAUCAUGUGUGAGAAUGCCAUGAUCUACAACAAGCCAGAGACCAUUUACCACAAAGCUGCCAGGAAGCUGCUCCACUCUGGCAUGAAGAUCCUCCGCCCGGAGAGGCUUGAGAGCCUGAGGCAGAGUAUUGAGUUCAUGGCUGGCCUAGAGAACCCAGCCAACCGGUCAAGUAAGACUGGAGAGGUGGGAAACUCAAGCAUGGGUCAGUGUAAAGAUGGCCCCAGCCCUACAGAUCCUAGCGAGACCGCCCAGUCUGCCCCACACACUCCCAGGAAAGACAACGACUCCAAAGACGAAGUGUCCAAGGUCGUCAGUCAGGCAGAGAAGGAGCUUGAGGAGAUCCGCAAGCUCAUUGACGAUUCAGGAGGCAAACUGUCCAACAGAGGGCUGGAGAGUGAGCUGGACUUUGAGAGGAGAAAGUCUGAUGGUUCCACCACACUGGCAAUCCUGAACCCAGUCGACCUUGUAGCUGGAGAUGUGGGCUACUGCCCUGUGAAGCUGGGCAUGAUGUCCAACCGGCUGCAGAGUGGCAUCAACACCCUGCAGGGCUUCAAGGAGGACAAGAGGAACAUGGUCACACCAGUAUCGUACAUGAACUAUGGUCCGUACACCUCCUACGCACCCGCCUACGACUCGAGCUUCGCCAACAUCGGGAAAGAGGACUCUGACCUGAUCUACUCCUUCUAUGGAGAGGAAGCCAGCCUCCAGGGAUCUGAGAGCCUCUCGGAGUUCCUGUCCAAAUCGGAGGAGCACAUGUACAAACUGGCAGACAACCUCCUGGACGCGUUGACUAACGGGGAGCACUCCAAAACCCUGAGAGAGACCCGUCCAGAUGAGCAAGGGCCAACAGAAGCCUCUGAGACUGGAGACAAGGACAUGGAGGUGGUUGAUCCGGAGGCCAGCAAGCAGACUGAAAGCAGACUAGCCUCCCUGGGCUCUGUGAUCGGCCUGGGCUUGGACCUCCAGACUCCACCGGACCUCCUCUCUGAGGAGGCCCAACACUUCCAGCAGAAGUUGGAUGAGACUACAAAGCUCCUCCACGAGCUGCAGGAAGCGCAGAGGGAACGCUUGAGUGUCAAGCAGCCCCCCAACAUCAUCUGCCUGCUAGCCCCAACCACCAAGGAGCUGCAACUGGCUGAGAAGGUGACUGGUAACCUGGCCCAACUGACCAGUCAGGUGGCUCCGGGAGAUGUGAGCAGUGUGUAUGGGAUCAGGAGGGCCAUGGGCAUCGCUAUACCCCUAGAGGCAGAUGAACCACUCAUAGACCUCACCACAGUUGAUGCUGAGCCAAUGGAUACCUUGCCUGAAGUUCAGCAGAUUCCAGUCAUCGCAGUAUAAUGGAAUUUCACAGCAACCAUCCUCCUGAUAACAUCCAAUCUCUGUUGUAGUGUACAAAAAGGUUCUUUGUUUGCAUUUCUUUUAAACCUUUUUAUAUAUAAAGCCAUUUGUCAUCUACCUUA